CUCUCUCAAGUUCACGAUACAAUUUCUGUUGUAAGAAACAUGAAACUCGUAGUUGUUUGUAUUUUGGCUACCAUUGCCUGCGUUUACGGUGCAAGUGUCCCGGAAGCAGUUUAUGAUGGACCAGUUUAUGAAUUAAAACCAAUCGAGGACGGAUCAGGCGGUGUUGAGCCCAGACAAGUGGAAUCGUCAGAUGAAUCCACAGAUUUGACACCCCUUCGACAACGGCGUGUAACUUGCGACGUUCUAUCAUGGCAAUCUCAAUGGUUCACCGUAAAUCACUCUGCUUGCGCCAUCAAGUGCUUAGCUCAACGUCGUAGGGGUGGUUCUUGUCGAGGUGGCGUUUGCGUGUGUCGCUAAUUAAAUCUAUAAUUUCAUUGAAUCUCUCGCAUGGAUACGUUUGUCUCAUUCGAUUAAUUCUCUAUUUUAAUACAUUUCAAUACAUUUUACUGCAUAAUUUGCAUAAUUGAAUUAUAAUAAAUCAUUGACACAAUUGAUUAAA